AUGAUUAUCCUCGGUCUUACAGGCGGUAUCGCCACAGGAAAAUCUACAGUUUCUAAGCGUCUGCGCGAACAUCACAAACUCACCAUUGUCGAUGCCGAUGUGAUUGCGCGCCAGGUCGUUGAGCCUGGGACCCCAGCUUACAAGGCUAUUAUAAACCACUUUGGAGCCAGUGUGACUCUCCCAGAUGGCAAAGGUCUUGACCGUCCCGCUCUCGGUCGUUUAGUUUUUGGCAACGAGCCUAACCGUCAGUUUCUUAAUUCGGUCGUUCACCCAGCUGUUCGUCGGGAAAUGUUGCGCCAGGUGGCACUGGCUUAUAUGCGCGGCUGCGACAUUGUGGUUCUUGAUGUUCCUCUUCUUUACGAAUCUAAACUUGACCGAUUUUGCUCUUCAUCUGUUGUUGUAUCAUGCGCGGAAGAUACCCAGCUUACACGAUUACUUGCUCGAGAUCCACAUCUUUCAGAAGAUGAUGCUCGAAAGCGCAUUGCAUCACAGAUGAGCAUGUCAGAAAAGGAGGCCCGUGCACAACACGUCAUUGAUAAUAAUGGCACUUUGGAAGAGCUAUAUGAUCAGAUUGAUGCACUUAUCAAUAAAGUUCGUCCUAAUAUCAUAGUCAAUUAUGCUGAAUGGCUUGGUCCUCCUGUGGCCACUGGACUUUUGGCUGCGGCGAUUUACUGGUUUAAUGUGUCUAGGUCCAAACUCUAA